GUGGGCUUGCGGGAGGCAUUGAGAUAUGCAUCACCUUCCCCACAGAGUACGUGAAGACACAACUCCAGUUGGAUGAGCGGGCAAAUCCUCCGCGGUACAGAGGCAUCAUGGACUGUGUGAGGCAGACAGUGCAGGGACACGGGGUGAAGGGGCUGUACCGGGGCCUCAGCUCCCUGCUCUAUGGAUCCAUCCCAAAGGCAGCUGUCAGGUUUGGGAUGUUUGAGUUCCUGAGUAACCAGGUGCGGGACGGGCAGGGGCGGCUGAGCAACACGCAGAGCGUGCUGUGCGGUCUGGGCGCAGGCGUGUUCGAGGCCGUGGUGGUCGUCUGCCCCAUGGAGACGGUCAAGGUGAAGUUCAUUCAUGACCAGAGCUCGGCGAAGCCCAGGUACCGAGGGUUCUUCCACGGGGUGCGGGAGAUCAUACGCGAUCAAGGGCUUCGAGGGACCUACCAGGGUCUGACGGCCACGGUGCUGAAGCAGGGAUCGAACCAGGCCAUCCGCUUCUUCGUCAUGACAUCACUGAAGAACUGGUACAAAGGGGACAACGCAGGCAAGCAGAUACACCCGCUGAUCACUGGCCUGUUUGGAGCCACCGCUGGGGCUGCCAGUGUGUUUGGUAACACUCCCCUCGAUGUGAUCAAAACCAGGAUGCAGGGUUUGGAAGCUCACAAGUACAAGAGUACCUGGGAUUGUGCGUACAAGAUCAUGAAAUACGAAGGACCCAUCGCGUAAGUGACGUGAUUUAUACGCCCC